AGCCUUUUGGACGGUUUCAGCUCUUUGUUUCAGCUGCUUGUGAUUCAGCACCAUGGCCAGUUUGAUUGGACAGCUCCCGGUGUGGAUCGGCGCCACCUUGGCCACCUGGGCGAUUUGUUGGUCCGUGAUGAGCCCGGAGGCAUGUCAAGAGUCCUCGACGUGCACCAAAUAUUUGAAGACCUAUCCAGGAUACUACCACAUCGUCUCAACGGCGGCCUUGGUGGCGAUGGCUGGCCACGAGAUCUGCGGCCUCAUUGCCACCUAUUUGGGCUCUAAGCAGACCCAAGCGUUGAUUCCUCAUUUAAAGAGCCGCUGCUUGCCCAGCUUCCUGUUGGCCUUGAUGUUCGGCGUCCUGGCCACGGCCGAGCGCUUCUUCAGCCGUGCCGACUGGACCAUCGCCCACAUCGAGCCGAACGCCGAUGGGCUCACGGCUCCGGGACGCCCCGUCUACACGAUGCAGUACAUGGAGUGGGGCAUCAACGUGCCCAUCCUCAUGAUCUUGUCUGGCUACUGCAGCCUGGGCCGUCCAGUCUUGGAGGUCUCGCGCCCGCUGAUCGUGACCAACGUCUAUGUGAUUUUCUGCUGGGCGGCGCAGGUCACCAGCUCGGGCCUUCUGAAGUGGAUGUUGAUCUUCGUCUCCAUGGCCAUGUACGGCUGGGCCUCGGUGGACAUGCUGCAAUGGGUCAAGGACUUCGAGCGCUCCGCACCGCAGGACCUCCCCAGCCGAGGCAUCCGUCCAUGGCUCUCCAACGGGCUGAUCUUGGCCUUCGUCCUCUACGGUGUGGUCUACAUGUCCUCGGUGAUGGGCCUGGUGGACGCCCACGCCGAGCGCAAGGGCUUCUUCGUGUUGACCUUCGGCGCCAAGAUCGCCUACUGCGCCGCCUUCGUCUUCAUCCGCGCGGACGAGUAUCACAAGACCCUGACCGAUGUCCUGCGCAAGGUGAGCGUCUCCAACGUGGGUAUGAUCUCCAUCCUCCGCGGCAGCUUCGAUAUCAUCCUGCCCUGCGUGCUGGAUGCCGCCGGCCGUUGCAAGUUGCCGGGCGCCAUGUGUGGAGACAUGGAAAAAUUGGAGAAGAUGCUCGGGACGCGCGUGUUGGGCGCCAACCUGAAGGACCUCUUGGCCGGAGAAGAAGACAAGUCGGACUUCUCCGCCUACGUUCGCAACGUGGUCCGCCAGGCGGAUUGCCCCCAGGGCACCGAGGUGAGUCUGUCCACCCAAGGCAUUUGGACCUGCUCUGGCGGUUCCAUGCCACCCAUCGCUCAAGUGCUGCACAGCAAGAUGCUCUCGAAGACCUCCCAGGCGCGGCUCUCGGCCACGCUGCACCUCUCCGUGGUGCCAAGGAGCGCGGUGAGCCAUGGCAAGGAGCGCCAUCUGGUGGCCGCCAUUCAGUUCGAUGCCACCAUGGAUGAGUCCAAGGAGGCUGACUUGCACACGGGUUUCGAAGACUUCAAGGUGGAGGAGCACAGCUCCAUUGGCGGCUCCACGAAGCUCUCGGAGGGCUCCGCCUCCGCCAUCGUGGCCAAUUUGGGCGACCUCACCAAGCUGGGUGCCAGCGGAAUCUUGCAUGGCACCUCCGUGCAAGAGAGCGAUGAAGGCAGCCAAUACUGGGGACCUUCGAUUUGCACGGAUGACACGAUGUCCCACCUGGGCGCCUUUGCCGACAUGAAGCGCGACGCCAAGACGCCCUUCUCUGGCGGCUUCGACGCGCGCAUCGCCGGAGUUUGGCAAGGCAAGACCAGCAAGGCCUUGGGAGGUUACGACCAGCGCAUCGAGUUCCACAACGACUGCAUCCACGCGGCCGUCACGGUGAUGGGAUCCACCUUGGAUGCGAAAUUCCGCAUGAACUGCUCGGUGGAACCCUGGCAACUGGAUAUCGAAGUGCUGCCCCAGGGCAGCAGCUGUCCUCCACCGGCCAUUCCGUACAUCUUCAAGUUCGUGGAGGGUGCUCUUCACCUCUGUGGCCCCAACAACAGCAAGCUGCAGCGUCCCACCAGCUUCGAGGGCGAUGGGCUCUGCAUCAUGCACCGUGCCAUGCCCCUGGUGCCGGCGGUCGUGGCGCAGCCACGGCAGGACUGCGCGCUGACGCAAGUGCCGCUUGGAAGCGAUCUUCCUUUUCUUUCCCUAUUGUUCCUGUUUCAGGGAGACAGGCUGGCACAAGCAAGGCACAAGCAAGGCACUGCUUUUUUGGAGCACGGGGUCUGGAUUUGUAGGUGGACACCACGUGUACAUUGGACAUGUACGGGGGACACCAUGCGGUUGGAUGUUGAGAGGAAUCAUGUGUAG